CCUGCAGCUCGGACGCUCAACAGCAAUUGGGCAGAGUUGCGCACGCUGCAUGGACACGAGGGUGGUUCAUGGUCUUAAGCGCAGGGGUGACAUCCGAUAACUUAGUUGUCUCACCAUCCGACUAAGAUAAUAACAGUGUUGUUCGCGUAAUUUAACGAGUGAGCUGCAGUUGUUUUACGUUGCAACUUUUAUCCUUGAAGAAUUGAAGAAGAAACCGUCAGGAUGGACGCAAAGGAAAAAUCGAAUUUAAACCUAAAAGCGGAGAGCAGUAAAGGACAAAAAUCUUCUUUCUUACAUUGUGUGGGAGGAUUGCCAACAAUCUUGUGUGUUAUGAUGUCUGUUUGCUCGAUGGCCUUUUGUUUUAUGAUGAAUUUCAAGACCUCUCAUCUGGAGCACAGAGUGCAUGUUUUGGAGAUGGAGCGACUGUCUCUGAUUCAUCCUUUACCGUCAGCACCGGAGCCAAAUGGAACAGUGUCUGCACUGCGGGAGACUAUCGAAAAACUUUUACAAGAGAGAUUUAAUACCAUGGUGCCCAGACUUCGCACAGCGAGGGAGGCAGAAGCCGCAUGUUCCUGUCCACCAGGGCCUCCUGGGAAGCGUGGUAGAAGAGGCAAUCCUGGAACACCUGGAACGCCAGGACGGGAUGGCUAUCCGGGCCCUCUCGGCAUGGACGGGAAGCCAGGCAUACCUGGACCAAAGGGAAGCCAGGGUUUGCCAGGAACCAAAGGAGAAAAGGGUGACCGAGGAGACAUCGGCCCCAGGGGACCUCCUGCGUACCCCAUCUCUGCAGGCCUGUACAAUAGAGACAAUAAUCAGAUUCCUAUGAAGAUGGUCUUCCCUCGACAUGACCACGGCUUUCUUUCAGGUGACCAGCAUGUUUUUCCAAGGCGCCUUCUGAAGGGAGACCAAGGCCAAGUGGGGCCCCCGGGCCCUCCAGGGCCCCCAGGAACCCCAGGCCCCAGGGGACCGCCUGGGAACACCGGGAGGGAUGGACCGAGGGGGUUCCCUGGCGAGCCGGGACCUCCCGGACGUGAUGGCAUUGAGGGACCAAGAGGGCUCCCAGGCAUUCAGGGUGAUGACGGUGAAGAUGGCGGGCCAGGGCCACAGGGACCUCCAGGAAUAAAGGGAGAACCUGGCAUGUCGGGUGGUCCUGGAGAGAAGGGCAUCGACGGGCUCCCAGGGAUGAAGGGGGAGAAGGGUGAUUUUGGAGAGCAGGGGCCUCAAGGAAUUAUGGGUUUACCUGGUGAAAAAGGAGCCCCUGGUUCAUCCGAGGGAAUUGACCUCACUGGAGAACUCUUCCACGCUCUUAGGGGAGCUCCAGGGCCGCCGGGAGAACCAGGACUCAAGGGAGAAGACGGCUUCCCUGGCCUACGCGGAGCAGAUGGAGCACAGGGCCCGCAGGGCGAGAGGGGAGAGGACGGGAGGCCAGGGAACCCUGGGGAGAAAGGAGAGAGGGGGGAGAUGGGGCUGUCUGGCCCGUCGGGUAUGGAUGGCCAAAAAGGAGAGAAAGGAGACGCCUGGAUUCAGGACAACCUGGCACAGAUCAUUUCACUGCCUGGACCUCCAGGGCCAGCUGGCCCCCCAGGGCCCCCGGGUCACCAGGGUCAUGGAAUACCUGGCCCCAAGGGGGAGCCGGGCGAGGCGGUGAGAGGAGAGAAGGGAGAGGUGGGAGAGCAGGGGGCCCCCGGCCCAAGAGGCGCUCCUGGUUCACCAGGUGCUGAUGGAUUAGUCGGACUUCCAGGUUCCAAAGGAGAAAAAGGCAAACAAGGCCUGCCUGGAUUAGAUGGUUUCCCAGGGCUCAUGGGGGAGAAAGGGGACACGGGAGGCAGAGGAGAGAAGGGUGACCGUGGCCCAGGGGGGAAGAAGGGCCUGAAAGGUCAGAAAGGCGAGCAGGGUCCUCCUGGAUUGGACCAGCCCUGCCCUGUGGCUGCCAGCGUGUUAAAAGGACAUGGCGGGAAAGCAGGGCUGCUCCCUGACGCCCCCUGCCCCCUGGGUCGAGAUGGGCUGCCCAUACCAGGAUGUUGGAACAAGUGAUCGUUGACUUGGAAGCAUGGGAUUUGUACAUAUCGAUAUAUAUUUUGCAGCUAACACACUUUUUGCCCUUUUUAACAUUUUCUAUUUAAUAUAUGGAGGAUUUAUAUAGGAUCUGUCUAUUUUUUUUUGGUGUUUUGUUUUUAUAUAAACUAUGGCACUAUGGUUUGAAUAUUUGAAUGAAGGAUGAUUCUAUGGCAUUAUAGCAUGAUGCUUUGUAACAGACACCUGAAUGGAAACGUAUGGGAGACUAGUAAAUGACAGCGCUCAUAGGAUGGACAGAGAAUGCUGCUACACCUCUUGAGGGAAGGAUAUGAGGUCAAAAAAUAACAAACACGACGUCAUAUGAUUAUUGGAAUAGGAUGUACAUUCUGUUACUUACCAUAUGCAACAUACACACCAAUAGCAUGACCCUCUUUAUCAGCAGAAUAUAUGAUGUUCUGGAUCCAAGACAGCCACGGCCUACAUUUUGUCUACCAGGCUUUCUGCAAAUGGUUUGAAUUCACGUUAAAGUGACCUCAACUCUCAGGAAUUCUAUCUUUUCACAUUAAUCAUAUCAACAAAAAACUCUGCAAAGCAAUAUAAUUAGAACAGAAAACACCAAACAGGUAAACUAAGAUAAUGCAGUGGUGAGGUAUGAAGUUGUAUUUUUGUUUGUUUUGUACUUUUUAAAUAAUGUGUGUUCUGAAAACUGCUUAGCUAUGGAAUCUUAACGAAAGCCAGUUUGAAUAUUAAGAUACUUUGUUAUUACCUGAUCAGUUUAAGAUCUUAAUGGUUGUUGAUGUAAUGUGCACAUAGCUGGUUGUAAAUAACAUGUCUAUAGUUAGAAUUAUUGAGGACAUUUCAGUGUCUUAAGUAUGUGUGUCUUUUCAGUAUCAUUUGUGUAUAUUUCUUUAAAAUACCCGUUGUAUUAAACAAACAUUUUGUUAAUUAUAUCUGUUACAAGUUCUGUGCAUCAAAUGGACAUGAUCGUUCAAUCCACACACAUCAUAUUUUAUGGACACUGUGUAAUAUUUACUACACUUUUGAUGCAGUACUGCACCUGUGCCUGCCAUGUUGUAGAAUACACCCAUCUUUCCUGGGAGAUACAUAGUUUUUUUUAUCUUUUCCAGUUGCUGUUGACGAUACUGUAAAGGGAUUUUCAUGGAGUAAAUCUAAAAUACCAAAUUUUUCAGGAAACCGAGAUAAUAAAAAAGUUCAGAUAAA